AUUGUGGCAAACCACCGGAACAAAGGAAUGGCUAUUUAAAUACUACAGUAAAUGGAACAGAAAUUGGCGCCUUUGCAACAUUGGAGUGUUAUGACGGGUACAGGGCCUCCUAUGGUAGCCAACCAGUCUGUGAUAAUACUGCGCAUUGGGAGGUUUUUGUCUGGUGCAAGCCAGUUGAAUGUGGAGAGGUUGAAGCCCCAACAAAUGGUACAAUGAAUGUAAGUGGUCUUACGUUUGGAAAUAACGUAACAUUCCAAUGUGAGGAAGGCUAUGAAAUAAAAGGUACUGACAUGAUUAGGUGUGUGUCAACCGGAAGUUGGUCUGCAAGCGUCCCGACUUGUAUUGAAGAUAACUACGACGCUGUGGACAAAGAUAAAGUUUCAAACAGUAACAAACCAAGUUGGAGCAUUGUUGGUUUAGUACUGGCGAUCAGUUUACCGUCUUUUACGUCAUCGGUACGAUGUAAAUGAUGACGUACUGAAAUUACCCUAAAAAACACCAAAAACAUUUUAGACAGGGACUUGUUCACUGUAUGAGAUGAUAAGUUAAUCAAUAUGAUAAGUUUAAUAAAUAUGUUGCCACAGUGAUAUGUUUUGGAUAAACGUGGGCUUAACAAAUGGGGAGUAAACAAGAUAUCACACUCUUGUUACGUUUUUUCCUCGUUCUCUGGGAUAAUUUAUUCACCCGGUGAUUAAUUGCAAUACUAUUUAGUGUUGAAUCUAGUCUGGAUUACCUGCCAUUUUCUCUUCGUUCAAUAGUACUAAAUUUAUAGUACGAAGGGAACUAGACUAUGUUGAAUCUUGUAUGCACGUGAACGUAAUCAACAAAACUAUAUCUGCAAUAUUUAUAUUUGUUGUUGUCGUUGAUUUUAUGCAAAAUUUUAAUAUCCUUUUUAUAAUAAUUAUAAUUUUUGUAAUAUUUAAUAUUUAGCAUUUAUUAUAUAUACACACAUUUAUAAUAUCAGUUCUGUAAUGAAUAACCGUUUGUAAGAAGCAUAAAUGUAUAUAUUUAGGAUGAAUGGUUUAGUAAUUAAAAACUACAUACCGACUAAUUGGUUUAUUUGUUUCGCAUGCUCGUGUAAACAUAAACUUUUGUCAUAAGAAACGGAAAAUCAGCGGCAUAAUAAAAGAAUGAAUAAAGGAGCAAGUAUAAAAUAUUUUCCAAAUUAUCGAUUAUCUUGAUUAUCUUCUAAACAUCUUUGCAACUCUUUACGUCCGCCCCAGCAGCACAUAAUCAUUUUUAAGUUGUUUGUGCUUUUUUAUGUACAACUGUUCAAAGUUUUUUAAUGUUUGUUAAUAUAAUAUAUAUAUUAUAUAUUUGGUUCAAACAUAUUUUAUUAAAGCUCAA